UUUAUGAAAGAAAGAUAUUCACGGUCGAAUGAUCAACUAGUUCAUUUUCGGUUUUCAUUUUGUGGUUUGUAGAUCGAUCAAGACAACCUUACAAUAUACAUGUACGUACACAUUUGUUACAUGUCGGCUUAAUCUUAAUAAAAUAAACAAGGACGACCAAUUCAUCUAGCUCAUUUUCCCCUCAAUUUGAACUAGUUUCGUUUUGAUUUUCAAGGAAAAUAUAUUGCAUGCUGCGUCACCAAUACGAAAGUUAGGAACAUGCUUUUUUUAAAUUUACCAGUUUAUUAAAAUUCCAAAAAAAAAAAAAAAAAAAAAAAGAAUCUUAGGUGAACACCAACGCAGCAAACUAGACUAAAUAUUAACUCUUUCUGUCCUUUAUCGGUAUCAUUAAAGUAGAAAUGGAUACAUAUCAAGAUGGGAGGAAGUUAUGGACACAUAAGCAAAAUGAUGGUGAUAAAGAACACCAAGCCAUGGCGUCCCUAAACACAAAGUCAAAAUCUUUCACAACCACAUGCCCAGCUCAGAUGCCGGGAAUGGUGCAUGAAGGGACAGGUGCUACAGAUCUAGAACAGUCUGUUACACAACAAAAGGGUGACAUGCACGAAUCCAUUGACCAACAUUCUCCAUGUGAAGCUACGGGAAGCGAAGAGAAGAUGGAAACAAACUGCACUCCCUGCAAAGACAGCAAAUGUCAGCAGGAAGACAACACAGGUGAAAAAUUGUUUCAGAUUUUGAUUGAAGUAAAAUACAAUGUCAGAACUGGAACGGAACACAAAACCAAUUCAGAAUUUAAAUGUAACCUGCAUGAAUACAUGAUAUGGAAGUAUAUAAUGAAUUCACCGAAACAGUGUGGCAAAUGUAACUGCCACUUUAAUUCCACUGAAGAGAGUAUAACACUCUUACCAGACUCUUCGGUUACUAUAAAUUUCCCAGUAAACAACAAGGAUCAUGCCAGGCGGAUUACAGAAAAGGUCUUUCAUUACGUUAUCCAUCAUCUCGGCAAAGUACUUACUGUGGAAACAAUUGAAAUAAAGAAGAGAAACAUUAAAACAGAGGCGGAUAAAUUGAAUGAAAGAUUUGGCCGGGAGAUAGCUUGUGCUAUGGUAAUCGAAGAUCAGAUUUACAUUGUAUUUCCCAGAUCUGGUAGGGAAUGUGUGAUGAAACUUCUCGAAGAAUGCAUGAGGGAUAGGGAACAUGAUUUAAUGACACAAACAAUAUACCUUCCUAGGAUGAUUAGUAAAUUUGCUUCCGUGAUGGAACAUUGUUUUGACGCUGGAAAUACAGGCAUUGAUUAUAAAUUGGAAGAGAUAGAAGGCCAGCUAGUUUGCAUAAUAAAUGGACAUAAAGCUGAUGUAAAUGAAGUUGUUCUAAAGCUUAGAUCAGUUGAAGCAAAACUGGCGCAUAUAGAUGUGAAGUUCUCUACAAGAAAGGAGAAUGGUCUGAAACACUUGUGUGUUGAGAAAGUGAUAAAUGAACAUCUCAGAACUUCAUUUCCAAACUGCGUUUUCGAGCAAACAGAUACACAUCUGCGUUUGUACAGUUCUGAAGCGAGAGUUUUGUCUGAUGCAGCAGCCUAUGUCGCUGAAUUGAUAACAGAAUGGGAUACACAAAUUCAGGAAAAAUUCAGGGAGAGUAAGGAAGAUCUUGUACACCAUUUACACGGCAAGUAUGAGGGUAAAAUUAUGGUGGAUGUUGACGGCGAAUUUCAUUUGUACAUCGUAGGUCUGAAAAAAGAUGUUGAAGAAGCACGUGGUGAAUUGAUAGAUAUACAGGAGGGUAGAAAAUCACUGAAUGCAACUAAAAGUCUGUCAUCAGAAUUGCAGCAUGAAACUACAGACGUUUACAAGGUACGUAAUGCAAAGCAUUUGAAAUAUUUUGAAAAACCUGUCUUCAUUGAAAAUAUUGAAGAUGAGUUCAAGGUCAGAGUUGCUUGCGUUCGUGAACGUUAUGCUGUAGAAAUUACUGGUUUCGAAAAAGAUGUGAGGAAGGCUAUGGAAUGCUUACACCAAAUAGAGCGUACUGUUGUAUCGGAUUGUGUUGUCAUCGUACAAAAUACAGCAGUAAGGUUUUUCGAAUCCAACUCCAGCAAGGAUUUCUUCGACAAUAUCGAAAGGAAAUUUGAUCUUUGUCUCGAAAAGCAAAGCAUCCAGACAUUUAGCAAUGAUAAAGCGAAAGUUUCCAAAACUAAACAUAACGAGUACAAUUUGUGGUCGUUCUCUACAGAGAGAUCAUUAUAUUUGGAACAGUUAAGUGUAGAAAAAGUGAUUGCUUGUGUCAAGAUAAUACCCUCAACGCAAAGAGUAAAAACAGGUGACCAGAUUGUCAAAGGGCAGCAUGUGGUCAAUGUGGGCUUGCCUGAUUGGACUGAUGGUAAACAUUCGGAACGUGAAGAAUUGAACAAAAUCUUAUCACAAAUCUUCCAUGAAAUCGAUGAAAUAAAAGAAAAUUCAGUUGCUGUAUCAUUAAAAUCAACUGCAAAAUGGACUUUUGAUUUACUUAUGCGGUGUAUUGUGGAAUUUACUGUGAAAUGGUUGAUGGCGACCCCAGACAAAAAACCAAGUUCAGUUAAACUGUGUACCAUUGAAGGAAACUUUUCCUUAACAGAUGAAUACAUAGACAGAUGUGUGGAGACCUCAAUUGCAGCAUUGCAGGGUACAGAUAAACUUAAAGUUGCAGUUUGUAAAGGACAGUUGGACAAAAUGAAGGCGGAUGUAUUGGUGAAUACAGCGGCUUCUAACUUAGACCUUACCAAAGGCAAUGUAUCAGCAGCUCUGUUGAGAACAGCUGGUGAAGACCUCCAGCAAGAAUGUUGGAAGCAUUACAAAAAAGGUAUUAAGCAUGAUGAAAUUGCAGUGACCAGCGGUUACAAUACAGGAAGUAAGAAAGUGUUUCAUAUGACACUGCUGCCGUAUUCACAGACGUCAACGAAAAACUGCAUAGAGUACGUAGGAAAAGCUAUGAUGCGUUGCUUGAAAACCGCUUCAGACUGUAGAUAUACAUCAAUUGCCUUUCCUGCCAUGGGGACUGGUUCUCUAGGCUAUCCAGCGGAGUUGAUUGCUGCUGAAAUGUUUGGGUGUGUAGAAAGAUUCAAACAAGACUGCCUCAAUACAACGCUGAAGGAAAUAAUGUUUGUUAUUUAUGAUAGAGAUGUUGAACUUCUUCAGUAUUUUGAAAAGGUGGAAAGAGAAGUAAACGCAGCAGUACUGUCAACAGCUGAAAGCCAUCAAAUCAAAAUAGAGAUUAUUGGUGAAAAGGGAAAUGUGGAUUACGCGAAAGAACUUUUGGAAGCAAAAGUUAGCAGUUUGUUGGAAGAUAAGAACAUACAUAACCCUGAUGACAUUUCGAGAAUUUCCAGUACAACGUCUGAACAAAUAGGUGAUGAUACUAUAGAUCAUGUAAAACACACGAGUGUUCACGUCGAAAGUAAAUUGAAGGGUACUGAUAAUUCCCAAUAUCCUCCAUCAGAUAAAACAGAGUUCAUGAGCCAAAAUGAAGAAAUGAUGGAGACAGAAGAAUGUUAUGUCGGUCCAUUUCCGACUUGUCCACCACCUCGAGGACAGUAUGAAAGGAGCUUCUCGUGGUCUACACAUACAAAGAACUUACGCGUAUAUGAAUGUGAAAAAUGUUUGGUAAGAGUAUACGGAGGUGACAUAUUAAACGUUCCAGUUGACUGUAUUGUUAAUGCCGCCAACAAAGAUCUUCAGCAUUAUGGUGGUGUUGCACAUGCAAUUGCUUCAGCUGCCGGUGAAACGUUUCUUCGGGAGUCAAAAACUGUGAUUCAGAAUAAAGGUCCUUUACAUGUUACAUCAGUUGAACGUACUGGCGCCGGGGAUCUUCCAUAUGAAUGUGUUAUGCAUGCCGUUGGUCCACGUUGGGAUGAUUAUAAACCAGUGACGAAGUAUAAUUUGAACAGAUGUGCUGAGGACCUCAAGAACACUGUCGUUAACUGCUUACAAUUAGCUGAUGACGGACAAAUUACAAGUAUUGCAUUCCCAUCUAUCAGCUCAGGUUUGUUUGGUGUUCCUAGAGAUGUUUGUGCAAUACAGUAUGCAGAAGCGGUGAAAAAGUUUAGCAGAAGAAAGCAAACGUUAAGCGAAAUUCACUUCGUUGACGAGAGUCAUGAUAUGAUUGACAUAAUACAGAAAGCCUUUAAAGCUAUAAUAACUGACGGGAAGCAAGCACCGUUUGACAUAAAUGUCUACUUGGAUCGCCCAACAGCGGAUGGAGCCCCUUCAUUGGUAUACUAUAACAAGGGGAAAACAACCCCGAAAAAUACAGCAAGGGACCGGCCGAAACAUCUCAUACCUAAAAAUGAAACACUGAAGGAUAUCUAUCAGUCUGACCUAAAUGCAGCAUACAUUUUUGAAAGAAAGAAAUUAAAAUGUUACUUUCCAUCAAAUUGUGUGGUCGAAGUAUAUGAUUAUGAUAUUAUGAGAAUAUCUGGUGUUGAUGCAAUAGUUUGCAGCGAAAACAGGGAGGGAGACGCAAAAGGGAUGAUAGCGAAUUCAUUGCUCAAAGAAGGAGGACGAGACUACAGUCGGAUGAAAGCUGUUCAGUUUUCAGGUUCAAGAAAGUAUGGCGAGGUGAUCACAAUCCCUGGUGGGAGAAACAGAUUCAAGUGGGUAAUGCAUGCGGUUGUUUCGAGAAAAGAUCACCAUAUAAUUCCAGUCAUAUAUAGAAAGAUAUUCACAGAAACAAUGACAAGAAAUAUAACGUCAUUAGCGUUACCGGUAAUGGGAACAGGUGUUGGCGGUACCAACCCGGUGAUCAGUGCAGAGAUGAUGUUCUCUGAAUGGGUUCAUUUCUGCAAGAGAAACAGAAUUAGAUCACUCACAUUGCAUGUAGUUAUAAAUGACGCGACAGUAGCCAGUUUAGUGAAAGAUGUUUUCAAGAGUCAUAUAGAUGAUAUCAACCAGUCAUGUCCAAGUACAGACGUAAAUAAAGAUGGGGCAAGUGUGUCUGGUUUGGAACUGGAAACGUCGGCUAAGCAUGCAAAAGAAAUGGAAAAAGUGGAAAAAGACAAAACAGUUGGUGCAACAGAUGAUCAACCUGCUACCAAAGAUGACUGUGUGAUAUGCAUGGAUAAAGUAACCAGUCCAAAGAAACUGCGAUGUGGACACGUGUUCUGCACAGAAUGUAUAGAAGGAUAUUUCCGAGUAAAGAAGGUGUGUCCAACAUGUGGCAAAGUGUGUGGCAUCAUCACCGGCGACCAGCCCAAAGGAAUUAUGGAAAUUCUUAAGAGACGUCCAUGUGUAGCAGGAUAUGAGCGACACAAAAGUAUUGCUAUAACGUAUCGCUUUCGCCCAGGAAAACAAGGGUAUAUGUUGCAGCCUGACCACCCUAGACCUGGCGUUCCUUACAAACCAGUCGAUCGAACUGCAUAUUUACCUGACAACAAAGAAGGUAGAGAGAUAUGUGCCAUGCUAAAGGUUGCUUUUGAGCGGCGGCUAAUUUUCACUAUUGGAACCUCAAGGACUACUGGACAGGAGGGAGUUAUUACAUGGAACGACAUACACCAUAAGACAGACAACAAACCGAAUACACAGUUCGGCUAUCCCGACAAUACCUACUUGCAAAGGGUUCGUGAUGAGCUGGAAGCUAAAGGUGUGACCAAAGAAGAUGUGGAUAGGAAUUUCAUCAAGCAGCUAGAAAAAGAUGAUUUCCAACAAACCGUCUAUUAAACAGUGAAUAAGUCUGGUGACAUUAAUGUAAUAGACAAAAUUAGAAUACUAGUAGUCUAUCUAAAUAACCACUCUUUUGGAGCAUAUAGUGUGAUCACCUCAAAAGUAAGUCAUGUCUGCCGGUUAUCUUAUUUAUGUUGUUUUAAGGAUCAUAAAGGAAAUUAAUUUAUCUUUCAAAGUGAAUUAAUAUUUUAGAAUUUUGUACAGUUGUUUGUAAUGUAUGAAUAUCAAAUUGUUAUGGACAAAUAGAAGAGAUUUUCGAGAGAGGUAUCACAGAGUGAUUUUUAGCUCACCUGUCACGAAGUGACAAGGUCAGCUAUUGUGACCGCUUGAUGUCCGUCGUCCGUCGUGCGUCGCCCGUCAACAAUUUGUAAAAAAAUCUUCUUGAAAACCACUGGGCAGAAUUACACCAAACUUCACAGGAAUGAUCCUUGGGUGUCCCCCCACCCCUUUCAAAAUUGUUCAAAGAAUUGAAUUUUAUGCAGAACGCUGGUUGCCAUGGCGACCGAAAGGAAAAACUUAAAAAAUCUUCUAAAAAUCUUCUUCUCAAAAACCAGAAGCCCUAUAGAGCUUAGAUAUUUGGUGUGAAGUAUUGCCUAGUGGACCUCUACCAUGUUUGUUUAAAUCAUGACCCCGGGGUCAAAAUUGACCCAGCCCCAGGGGUCACUUGAUUUUACAUAGGAAAAUCUUAAAAAAUCUUCUCAAAAACCAGAAACCCUAGAGUUUAGAUAUUUGACAUGUAACAUUGCCUAGUGGACUUCUACUAAAAUUGUUCAAAACAUGACCCCUGGGUCAAAAUUGACCCCGCUCCAGGGGUCACUUGAUUUUACAAUUGAAAAUAUUAAAAAAUCUUCUUCUCAAAAUCCAGAAGCCCUAGAGCUUAGAUAUUUGACAAGUAGCAUUGCCUAGUUGACCUCUACUAAAGUUUUUCAAAUCAUGACCAAGGGGUCAAAAUUGACCCAGUCAUAGGAAAAUCUUCAAAAAUUUCCAAAAAUAAACCAGAAGGCCUAGAGCUUAGAUAUUUCACAUGUAGCAUUCCCUAGUAGACCUCUACAUCAUUUGUUCAAAUCAUGACCCCCUGGGUCAAAAUUGAUCCCGCCCCAGGGGUCAAAUGAUUUUACAUAGGAAAUCUUCAAAAAAUUUCUAAAAAUAAACCAGAAGGCCUAGAGCUUAGAUAUUUCACUUGUAGCAUUGCCUAAUGGACCUCUACAAAAUUUGCUCAAUUAUGUCCCCCGGGGUCAAAAUUGACUCCGCCCCAGGGGUCACUUGAUUUUACAUAGGAAAAUCUUUAAAAAAUUUCAAAAAAUAAACCAGAAGGCCUAGAUCUUAGAUAUUUGAUAUGUAGCAUUGUCUAGUAGACUUCUACAAAAUUUAUCCAAAUCAUGACCGCUGGGAUCUAAUUGACCCCGCCCCAUGGGGUUACUUGAUUGUACAUAGAAAAACCUUUAAAAUUUUCUAAAAAUAAACCAGAAGGCCUAGAGCUUAUAUAUUUGACAUGUAGUAUUGCCUAGUGGACCUCUACAAAUGUAUUUCAAACCUUGAUCCCCCUGGGUCAAAUUGAUCCAGCCCCAGGGGUUACUUGAUUGUACAUAGAGAAAUCUUCAUAAAUUUGCUAAAAAUAAACCAGAAGGCCUAGAUCUUAGAUAUUUGAUAAGUAACAUUGCCUAGUAGACUUUUACAAACUUUAUUCAAAUCAUGACCCCCGGGGUAAAAUUGGUCCCGCCCCAGGGGUUACUUGAUUGUACAUAGGAAAACCUUCCAAAAAAUUUCUAAAAAUCAUCAGUUUGACAUUUGAAACAUGUAGCUCAUAUUACUCAGGUGAGCGAUCCAGGGUCAUCAUGACCCUCUUGUUGUGUAUGUAAAUGUUAGAUUUGAUUCGUCGACUUCCCGUCGUCUACCCUGCAUACUUUUGUUUCUUUUAUGCAGUAUUGUGUUAAUGUGUGUUAGCUACCAGGUAGUGUCAGCAAAUACAGUUCUUUUGAUUAACGUGUAAUAGGAAUAGAAUUUAGUUGCAAACAAUAUCGUGCAAAAUGUAUUUUUAAAAUCAUCACUGUCUGUAAAUUAGAUAACAUCUAAUUGUACCUGAUCGUAUAGCCACGAUAUAUAAUUAUUUGUUGAGCUCUAGUUUCUUAUUUUAACACUAACUAUUUUCUGUAACAUUGCUUAUUUGUAUUUUCAUUUGCUUUUAAUAACCUACCAUUUUGUCAGUUUAUAAAAUGCUAUAUUCGUGGGUUUCGCCCUCGAAUAGGAGCAAGCAAGAAGAGCCCUGUUGUAUAUAAAAAGAUAUUUUUGGCUGAAGUCAUCUUCCUUAAUUCUUCUGCUUUUUAUAUGAACGGCUUUAUAUGCAAUUACUUAACAUGAAUGUUUAAGUGUCUUUGUUUUUAUCAUACAUGUUUUCCAUCACAUCUCGCUUACUCCUCACUCACUCUGCCUUUGAUAUUUUGGAAAUGGUAGACGGAGCAGUUUUUAUCGUAGUCCCCAUAACAUAAAGUGUUACAUGUUAUGUUGUACGCGUAAAUUCAUACAUGCACGCGUAAUUACGUUUGCGCGUGUAUAUAGCACGUAUAUAGCACGUCCAUAUAAGCAUGCACCUAAAUAUUUACACGUGGACGUAUAUAUUUACGCGUGCACACAAGUUGUUACACGUGCAUGUAUAUUUUGAAAUGGGCGCGCACUAUAUUCAUUAAAUUCUACAACGCCCGACUAUAUCAAACACCUGGUAUCUUAUCAUAGGGGAACAUGUUUCACUAUAAUUAUGCUUUAGUAUUAUAUAUGCUGCGCAAGAGAAAACUAAAGUGCCAUACGACAAUGUUCCUGUUGCAGUGACAUAGAUCUUACUGAUUUAUAUACAGGGAAUAUCCAAACCAUAAAAUUUCAUUUCAGUAUUUGUAAUAUGUAAAAUGCUGAAUUCUGCUCAGUCCGGGGCUAGAGGGCGUGGACGAUAGCAUGAAGUUUCUACCACCGUCAAUGUGCAAUUUAAUGUUUGCCGUGUUGAGCGAGCUGUUGCUUAUCAAAUUUUCUAUUUUAGAAACUAUUUUGAUGCUGAACAGAAAGUAAAUAAUAAAUCACACAAGUAAAAUUGGGAUUAACAGAAAUUAAUUUAUAAGUUACACAGUAAAUGGGAUAAACACAAAAUUAAUUCAAAAAGUUAAAAAGUAAAAUGGGAUUAUCAGAAAUUAAUUAAUAAGCUACACAGUAAAUGGGAUAAACAAAAUUAUUUCAACAGUUAAAAAGUACAAUGGGAUGAACAGAAGUGAUUUUUAAAAAGUACAAUUGGGAUUAACAGAAAUAUUUUAUACAGUUCAUCUUUUAUGUUCUAUGUUCUAUGUACCAUUAACCUGCUGAUUGUUAGCACUUUUCGAUAUGCGUAAGCAAUAUAAAAAGUGGACAUUGUAAACGUACAAUAAGAGACAAUGAUACAUAAAGAGACACACAAAACAACAACGCUAAAUCUAUAUAGCACAGUAUUAUUUCUUGAACAGAUGAUUGGCCGUCCUUUAUUAAAUUAAAUAAAUAUAAAAAUAUAGAACAACCACUGUGUCAGUCUCAUGAUCUUCGGAUCUUCUGUUUUUCUCAUCUUCUUUUCUUUUCUGUUUAGUUUUCAUCGUUGUACGAUUGAUAAUAAAGACUAUAAAGUUACCUUAA